AUGAGAACGAACGGUUCCAAGGCUCCGAACGGCGAAAGCCAUGUCGAAGAGUUCGACGUCGUGGUCGUCGGUGCCGGAUUUGGUGGCAUCUACCUGCUGUACCACCUCCGCCGACUGGGGUACAAGAUCAAAGUGCUGGAGGCGGGAAAAGACCUGGGAGGGGUGUGGUGGGCAAACUCGUACCCGGGAGCCCGCGUCGACACGUACUGGCCACUGUACGAGUUCUCGGCCAAAGAGCUCUGGGAGGGAUGGACCUGGACCGAACGAUUCCCUGGCCGCGACGAGUUGUGUCGGUAUUUCGCCCACGUCGACGAGAAGUGGGACGUCAAGAAGGACAUCACCUUCGAACAGACCGUGACUAAAGCCUAUUACGACCAGGACCAGAAUCAGUGGACCGUCGUCACGCACACGGGCUACGUCGCAAAAAGCCAGUUCCUCCUUCUGGCGACCGGAUUUGCCGCAAAGCAUUAUGUGCCGCCACUCAAAGGUCUCGAAUCAUUUCAGGGUGUCUGCCACCACACCGCCCUCUGGCCGAAGGAGGGUCUCGACCUGGAAGGGAAGAGGGUGGGCAUCAUAGGGACCGGAGCCAGUGGCGUCCAGGUCAUUCAGGAGAUCGGCCCUGUGGUGAAGCACCUCACCGUGUUUCAGCGAACGGCCAAUAACGCCUUGCCGAUGAGACAGGAGCGUUACGACGAAGGCGGCAUCCAAGUACAAGAGCAGAUGAAGCAAGGCUACGAAGAUCUGUUUAACAAGGUCAUGUCGACCUACGCGGGAUGGGAUUAUGACGGGCUCGAUCAGGAUUCGAGCGACGCGACGCCUGAAGAACGGGUCUCCCACCUCGAGUCCCUCUGGGCCAAGGGAGGGUUCCACAUGUGGCUGGGCAACUACAGGGACCUCUUGCUCAAUGCCGAUUUUAACAAUUCCGUCUACGGAUUCUGGCGUGACAAGGUGCGCGAAAGGCUGGUCAACGUCGAUCCCAACACGGUCGAGAGCCUGGCACCGUGGGAGCCGGAAAAUCCCUUCGGGACCAAACGGCCGUCCCUGGAGCAAAACUACUACGAGGUCUACACCCAACCGAAUGUGAACCUCUACAAUCUCAGAAAGACAAAGAUAGCGGAGAUCACCCCCCACGGCGUCAAGAUGGAGUCGGGCGAGCAGAUCGAGCUAGACGUGCUGAUCCUCGCCACCGGGUUCGACGCCGUCACGGGCAGUCUGCUCAAGAUCGAUCUCCAGGGCGUGGACGGAGUCAAGCUGUCGGACAAAUGGGCGCGCGGGGCGUACACCUCGUUCGGGAUGGCUACGGCUGGGUUUCCCAACAUGUUCUUCAUGUACGGACCGCAGGGGCCGACGGCGUUUGCCAUCGGUCCUCGCAUCGCAGAGGCACAGGGUGAUUGGAUCAUCUCGUGUCUGGAGGAUUUGAAGCGUCGUCACGGGCGUCGGAUCGAAGCCCUUGCGGCUGCCUAG